UUUAAUUCUUAUUCCUUUCUUUACCCUUUUCCAUCUCUCCGAGGGUGUUGCUACCCGUCCAUUGUUCGAUCAUAGAGGGUUUCCUACCUCCUUGUGAGUAAUGACUCUCGGAAACGGGGUAUUCGACGUCGUUGUACCUCGAAACUUUAGAUUACUUGAAGAGCUUGAAUGUGGAGAGAAAGGUGUUGGAGAUGGCACAGUAAGUUAUGGGAUGGAUGAUGGAGAUGAUAUUUACAUGCGCUCUUGGACUGGGACAAUAAUUGGUCCCCUUAAUUCUGUUCAUGAAGGCAGAAUUUAUCAGUUGAAGCUCUUCUGUGAUAAAGACUAUCCAGAUAAGCCCCCUAGCGUUCACUUCCAUUCUCAGAUCAACAUGGCUUGUGUUAACAAUGAAACCGGAGUUGUAGCCUUCCAAUCCCUUUUGCUCAACUUCUUGUCACCAUUACUUUCUUCCACGGUUAAUUGUCUUUCAUUAUUAUCUUAAUCCUCCAUGGUGUACUCCCUUUGCCAGUGAUAUCCUAACCCAGCUGAAGAUGGAAAUGGCUACGCCACACAACCGGAAGCUCAUUCAACCUCCCGAAGGCACCUACUUCUGGUAAUACAAGCUGAGACCCUAACACUAAGACCAUUAUAAAAAUGUCUCAAGGCAAUCGACGAAUUUGAUGUAUUCCAGCUACUCCAAUUCUGAUAUGGCAUCUGAACAAACUAAAUAUCCAAGUUUGACAUUGUAAUGAGUAGUUGCUCUGGUCUCUCUGAAAUAUACUCUCCAUACAUUGUCGUUUACUUCAAAUGACAACCUGAAUCACUGACUAAA